AUGGCUGCUCCAAAUGCCCGACAUGCUCUGGUUCUGGGCGCAUCAGGCAUAUCAGGCUGGUCGUUGAUCAACCAGCUACUGCAGAGCUAUCCACGAGCCGGCACUUGGAGCCGCAUUACCGGAGUGACUCGGAAACCGAUGAACAGUGAGGAAGUCUCCUCCUGGCCUCAGAGUCGUGAAGAUCAAGCAUUUCGUCUUGUAUCUGGCUUUGAUAUCCAUAAUGACCCGAAGCAGACAUUGAUGGCAAAGUUCCAGGAGGAAGUGCCAGAUAUACACACAGUGACACAUCUAUAUUAUCUCAUACAAGACCCUCCAUCUAAUUAUAACGAUGAUGAACCAUUCGUACCAAGCCUCAAAUCUCUCCAGAAAACAGUGACGGUGAUCGAAAGCCUUGCUUCGAACCUCGAGUUUAUUCACCUUCAAUACGGCACCUUUAUAUAUGGGGUGUGCUUCACCGAGGAAUUUUACCACACUGCUCCUCUUUCGGAGUCGUUGCCCCCAUUGCGAAAGUCACUUCUUGAUAGGCUUCACUACCCGGUGUGGACAAAAUGGAUGCACGAAUACUCAAUAGACAAGCCAUGGAAGUGGUGUGAAACUCGGCCGGAUGAAGUUAUAGGAUUCGUUCCACGAAUGAACUCGUAUAAUGCAGUCUACCCCAUUGCCAUGUUCUUAUCAUUAUAUAGAUUUAUCAACGGGAAAGGUGCUGCAUGUCCGUUUCCCGGUAGCCUCGGAACCUGGAAAGCCCUUGCAAGUGAUGCCGGAGCUGAUAUGAUCGCAAAGGCCUCCAUUCAUUUGUCUCUUCAUCCUAGCCCAUGGAUCAAAGGAGAAGGGUUCAAUGUAGCAUCUUCGGAAACGCCGUGGAGAUGGGAGAUGAAGUGGCCACCUCUUUGCGAAUGGUUUGGGCUCAUUGGAGAGCCGCCGGUGGAUAAUGAGAAGAGCAAAACGUCGUCACCAGGGCCUGACAAGUAUAUUCAAUCACAUGAGGCAGAAUAUAAGAGUAUGAUACAAGAGUACGGUCUAAAGGCUUGGGAUGUUGCUUCCCCAUCUAUGGAUGGCUCAGAGAACUGGGGUUUGACCAAGCUAAAUUUCGACCGGUACCUCGACCUCCAGAAGUUAAGAUCCACUGGCUUCAUGGAAGACGAAAGUCCACGAGAUACGUGGAUUAAUGUUCUGGAGUUGAUGAGAGCAGCGAGGAUUAUUCCAUGA